UUUGCUUUUCUUUUACUCUGAAAGUUAUAGCCACUUCUUCCCUUCACUUCACUUAUCAUAGCAAUGGCAGCACGUGCUCACAGUUCCAUCUUGAUUGCACUCUCUCUGCUUCUUUUGGUUACAUUCUCUAACGUGGCCGAGGCUUAUGGACAAGCAACACUUAGUCCUUCAGAUUGUAAACCAAGGUGUACUUACCGUUGCUCUGCAACAUCACACAAGAAACCAUGCAUGUUUUUCUGCCAGAAGUGCUGCGCCAAAUGCCUCUGUGUUCCCCCUGGUACAAAUGGGAACAAGCAAGUGUGCCCUUGCUACAACAGCUGGAAGACAAAGGAAGGAGGACCCAAAUGCCCUUAAUCCUCUUUCCUCAUAUAUAUUUUUAUGGGUUAGUCGCUUCUCCUUUCGCUGCUAAUGAGAAAAGUUGCAGCAAAUUAUUAACACUAGGAUACAAGAUCGUAUCCUGACCUAAAAAAAAAAAAUACAUCAAGAUCCGAAUGCGUGUCCUGAAGAAAAUAAGUGUUGCUGCACUUUUUCCCAUCUGUAGUGACGGAAGAAGUAUAUAACCCUAUAUUUAUAUAUAACGAAUAAGCAAUGUAAUCUUUAUAAUGCUUCUUCGACAAUUAAUUCUCUUCUCUACAUAUGUAAGCGAUGCUUUUGCUUGCUAGUAUAAGGGCACAUUUAGUUAUGUUCCCUUUCAGUUUUCGGAGGUAAAGUGUUUUAUGCUGAGUGGAUC